AAAAUCAAAAUAAAUAAGAAAAGAAGCUUAGAAACUGAAAGAGAGAGAAAAUAGAGAGAGAAAAUAGAGAGAGAAAGAGAGCAACUAAUACUGUGGAAGAAACAUAGAGGCAGUGUAUGAGUGAGUGACUGAGAGAGAAAGAGAGAGAAAAUCCAAACCAGUUUCUCACUCUUUUGAUCGGAACCUCUCAUUCCUGCCUUCAGGUUGAGACCCUUUUUUCUUCUCUUUGGUCCGUACAAUGGAGCGGUACGGCCGGGCCAGCGAAGGGUCGCAGUCUGAUCCGUCGCCGGAAUGGACCGUGGCCGGCGCCGACGCCGGCAUCGAAGAGUCCUCGUGGCAACACGGAUUGGCAGCUGCCGAAUCGUACCCUCUGCGACCCGAUGAGGCUGAUUGUAUCUAUUAUCUGAGGACGGGAUUUUGCGGUUACGGCACACGGUGUCGUUUCAACCAUCCCCGUGACCGUGCUGCGGUCAUUGGAGCUGCGGCGAGGACUGGAGGGGAGUUUCCGGAGCGCGUGGGGCAGCCUGUGUGCCAGUACUAUAUGAGGACGGGAUCAUGCAAGUUUGGUGCAUCCUGCAAGUACCACCAUCCUAGGCAGGCGGCAGGCAAUGCUACCCCUGUGCCACUAAAUUAUUAUGGAUAUCCGUUGCGAGUGGGUGAGAAAGAGUGUUCCUAUUAUGUGAAAACUGGACAGUGCAAAUUUGGUGCAACUUGUAAAUUCCACCAUCCCCAACCUGCAGGUGUCCAAGUUAUUGCACCAUCACCGGUUCCCGCAGUUUCACAUCUGCCUGUUCCGGUACCUUCACCGGUAUAUCCAACUGUACAGCCCCAAUCUGGUCCUUCGCAACAACAAUAUGGUGUACUUGUUGCAAGGCCUCCUAUGCUGCCUGGCUCAGUAGUUCAGGGUCCGUAUGGGCCUAUGGUGGUGUCUCCUGCCAUGGUCCCUUUUUCAGGCUGGGGUCCUUAUCAGGCUCCUGCAACAACCCCUGUAAUGCCAUCUAGCUCUGCGUCUAAUGUUGGUUCAACACAGCUUUAUGGGAUAACCCCACUACCUUCGUCGGCAGCUACUUUUACUGGACCUUAUCAGCCUUCUGGUCCCUCAGUUGGUCCUUCAGGUGCUAUUCAGAAGGAGCAUCCAUUUCCAGAAAGACCUGAUCAACCAGAAUGUCAUUAUUACAUGAAAACAGGGGAGUGCAAAUUUGGUCCAUCUUGCAGAUAUCAUCAUCCACCAGACAAGGGAGCACCUAAAGCAAAUGUAAUCCUUAGUCCUGUGGGUCUUCCUUUGCGUCCGGGGGCACCGCCUUGCACUCAUUAUACACAGCGUGGAGUUUGCAAAUUUGGUUCUGCAUGCAAAUUUGAUCAUCCUAUGGGAUCACUUAGCUACAGUCCAUCUGCCUCUUCCCUGGCUGACAUGCCAGUUGCACCCUAUCCUGUGGGUUCCUCAAUCGGUACUCUUGCUCCGUCAUCUUCAUCCUCAGAGUUGCGGCCUGAACUUGGUGCAGGAGUCAGUAAGGAGUCUGUUUCGUCCAGAAUGUCUUCAAUGAGCACAUCAACCGGAUCAGUUGGUUUGACCUUGUCAAGCGUUGGACCCAUUUCUCAUUCAAGCACUCAACCAUCUGCUCAGAGUUCCAGUUCUUCAGCAACUACCAGUGCUACCACAAGUAGCACUGUCUCUCACACCUCAAGCUAAGCAAUGUGAAUGAAUUCCUCAUUAUCACUCCUUUUUAUCUCAAUUUUUCAACCGGCCAUCAUCACUCAAGGAGGUUCUCAAAAUAGGUUUUAUUUUUCAAUUAAUCCAGUUCCACAUUCAGGUCUAGCACACACUUUCCCACCAAUUGUCUGUGUCCAUAUAAUCUUUCUGUGGCCAUCCUUUUUAUCUUGAAUAAACCAUGGCCAACCUUGAGAGUUUUAGCAACCCAUACACGCACCUUGCUUUUGGAUAACUUCAAAAGUAUCUGCAACUCCAUCAUGCACAUGUCCAUUCACAUCUCCAAUUUUAGUAGUUUCUGGUGCUUAUUUAUGCUUCAAUCUUUUUUGAUGAGAAAAAUUCUGCUCGGAGUUUCAUUGACCAUGUGUAAUCCCUCUUCACAUGAACCCCUUUUGCAUUUGGGAAUAUAUCCAAAUCCUUUCCUGGAAGGUCCUGUUUGCCACCGUUCCCAAGUUAUCCAAGGUUUGACGUGAAGAGUAGUAAUCAGGAGACUACAAUGAGGCUUCACAUUGCUAUCUUUUAUGAAUUUAGAUACACGGUGAUGUUGUGACAAGUAAAAUGCUUGACUUGGUACUUAAGUUUAUUACAGAAUACAUAUAUGAAGAAAGACAUUUAAAUUAA